CGGCGGCGGCAGGGCGGGGUUUGUUUUGAGAGCGGACGGGAGAGAGAAGACACCAGGAAAGAUGGCGACCGCAGGGUCCGCCGAACGGCCUGGCAGACUUCCCAGCGCCGCCGCCGGCAAGUACCGGUCCGGGUCCGGAGCUGGGUACGGGUCCAGCCCGCCGGAGAACAAGGCGAAGAGUUGUGCGGAGGGGCAGCCCGGCGGCAGCCCGCCCUGUGGACACCCGGCCUGUCCGCUCUGCCGAGCCCAGAGACACUCCGGCUGCAGCGGAGAGCGGCUCCGGAGGAGUGACCCCGAGAGGAACAGCAGCAGGCCGGGCAGGAGGGACUGCGACAACCGGAGAGAGUUUUUCGUCUCUCCGGCUUUAAUCCCAAAAUGUUGUGACGUCUCAUCGGGACCGACCGGGAAACACAGGCUGCUGCUGUCUGAGGAGCGACACGAAGAGCCUGGCGUUCUGUCUGACUCUGAGAACGAGGAGCCGAUCAGCAGGAGGAUCAGAAACAUCUCGGCCUUCAUCAGGAAAACCAAAAGUUCUGCAGCCUUCACAGGUGGUUCUCAGCGGAGUCAGAGCUGCAGCGACCCGCUGGAGGACCGAGCGGGGAAGCUGAAGGUCGUGCGGCCGCCGGCCCUCAUGGACAGAGUUGGCAUCAGCCACAGUUUCACGGCGGGGAUCCUCCUCUCCUCAGAGAACAGUCGCUCCGCCUCGGCUCCCAUCGCCGCGCCCGACCGGAGGCUCACCUGGCGGGCCGUCGUCUCUUCGUCAUCCAACCCCCUGGCUCUCGCUCCGCCGAGACCCGAGCGCUCCAUCAGCCCCGAGAGCAACGACAGCAUCUCUGAAGAACUCAACCACUUCAAACCCAUCGUCUGCUCGCCGUGCACGCCGCCCAAACGCCUGCCGGACGGCCGCCUGGUUGAGCCCACCAUCGUGAAGUCCACGCCCAGGAACCUGACCCGCGGCCUGCAGAAGGCCACCAGCUACGAGGCCAGCCCCGCCGUGCUGCAGAAGUGGCGGCAGAUCGAACUCGACCGCCAGAGCCUCAAAGUGAACUCCAAGGCGACGCUGACAAGCCCUGUCAACGAGGACGCAAAGACUCACGUAGACGGAGUAACGCCCGCCAACAAGAGGAGGCUGCUGUUCGACCCUCCAGCCGGAGACACUGGCGCCUUCCAGAAAAAGAUCCGGGUCCCUGCCAUCCGCUACAGCAGCGAGGCGACUUUCAGAGGUUCAGACUUUGAGCCGGUCGGCGCCCCUGAGUCCUACAGCGGGGGGGCGCUUUUUAGUCGCAAACAGUCGUUCUCGCCGUACACGAAGAACUCUGGUUUCCAGUCAUGUAAAUUAGUGCCAAAGGACUCGCCGAGGAAGGAGGAAGGCCUCCACAACCAGUCUACCUCACGGAGGGGCAGGAAGCGCAAACAGAAGACCAAACACUUGGACUCGGAGCGCGACUCGGACCUGAAGAGGAGCCGUUCCGUCAGCCAGGACGCCUUCGACGAGCGCUACAUCCGUCAGAUCCAGCAGGAGCGCCAGGACCGCGCCAUCGCCCUGAAGCUGCAAAGACAGUUUGACCUGGAGACCAACAUCAGCCGGAGGAGGAGCCCCGACGCCUACUUCCUGCGCUCCUGGAUGUCCAAUCAGAACCGCAGGAGGCGUGGCCUGAGGAGAUCCCGACGAAUCAACAAGAAGCACUAGAGAGGAGCGUCUGCAGGGACAGACAUUAUGCAAAGUGACAAAAUUAUGAAUGUUUUUUUUCGAGGAGAAUCUGUUUAUUUUGAUCUUUUCACCAGCAAAUCACCAAAAGACUGAAUGAAGGUCGGCUGCGGUCUGAGGAGGACGAGCGGACGACAGGCUGGCUCUACAUUUAAAUUCAUUUACCAAAAAUCAGAGGACUGAUCAUAAAAACACUUGUUUCUGUAUUCAUCCACAUAAAACAUGGUCGGACCUUCAGAGCCAGAAACCAACAAGUUCGUAGAGCUGUCCCGAAGUUGUGAAGCUUCAUUCAUAACGUCGACAUUCAAAUUAUAAAGCAACAUUUAUUUAAAUGUUUUAAGUCUA